AAUUUUCUUACUUCUCUCAAACUCUAGUUAAUUAUUUAUUUAAUACUCAAAGAUGACAGUUGUGAAAUUUUUGAAUUAUAUAAUCAUAUAUGUAUUUCAUCGUGUAUUGGAGUAUUUAAGUUCGUUUGCAAAACUGCGUUGAUUUAUGAACAAUUCGUAAGUUGACAUGAAAAAAUGAAAAAGGUGGCAUGAACGCGCGAAGCACGCCAGGCAUGUCUAGUAAAAAAUAAAUAAUCUGUGUGUGUAAUUUGUAACAUCUCUGAUUAAGCGUUUAUAAUACUGUCCCAUAAAACGACAUAAAACACGGUCUGAUUUUUGUUAAUCACUCUGCAAUUUUGCCUCAUAACAUCUACCCAAAAAACGCAUGCAAGUUCGGAAUACUUUAAAGUAUCAUAAUUCAAAGUUUCACGAAGAUCUGUAAUUAUUUAUAUCAAGAAGGAAACGUCCUUAAGUAGAACACGCACUUGAUGAUAAUAAAAUAUACACGCAGCGUCAAUCGCUCUGGAUGGAAGAGAAAAAAAAACUCGGCUGCUCCAAAAUCCAUGAAGCGUUUAAUUAAAGAUCAGCCGAUGUGAGACGAUUGGCUUUCUCACUCUCGCGCACACACAAUACCACUCACUACAUAGGUGGGGGUGUGGGGGGAAACCAUAAACUAAAGAAAGAUAGUCAAGUAUAUAACAGAAUAAGAGUCAGAGAGAGAAGGACAUACGCAUACACACGUCGUCGCAGAACAGAAAACUCUCGUUUGUUACUCGCGCACACGACGACGAUUUGAUGAGGAUGCGAUGCCUCGGGGUGCGCGUAUUUGGCUAUUGGCAGUGGCUGUGAAAUACACCGUGUGGAGCAUCUACUAUUGGCACUCACAAAACGAGAAGAGCAAUCGUGGUUCUGUUGUCAACGCGAAUUGAAUAAAAGACACUCACUGCUUGUUUUUCUCUUGUUUCGCUGUUACUAUUGCGAUGCUUGUCGUGGGAAAUUAAUCGAUCUUCGACGUUGCAUUAUGAGUCAUGGUUCUCGCGCUAUUAUUCACGACGAUCUUUUCCCCACGAACACAACUAUGAGGUGAAAAUUAGUACUAAUUCGCACGAGUCAACGAGAUGUACGGCGACGGGGAGCUAGAAGUCUCCGAAGGAUGGAGGCAGGUACGGGAUCUCAGCACGACCAUGGAUCCCAAUGUCAGCUCCACUGCUCAAGACGACGAGCACUUUUGUAAAUUAAUACUUUAUCAAGAAAUCAAAGAAUCAACAGUAAGGAUAUGGGACGUGAUAAUUCUAAUACCAAACCUGCUAUUCCUGCUGUUUAUCAUAGUAAGGUGCAACCGAGCAAGGCUCAAACUCAGAGCAACCAGCAGUCCUAUAUAUUUAGCCUUCUAUGGGCUUGUUAUCUGUAGUGUUGUAAUAUCGGUUAUUCGCUGUGUAGUGUCCAUGACAGUCAAUGCCACUGGAACUGUGGGUGGCAUAGCGGACAAAGUGUUUUGGGUCACAGUUAGAUUCUUCUUACUGUCCACUGAGAUGAGUGUUGUAAUUUUUUGUCUUGCAUUUGGACACUUGGAUAGUCGCUCAAGCAUAAGAAGAGUACUUUUGGCAACGUCUUUUAUAGCUUUGAUUUUUACAAUCACACAGGGAACGUUAGAAUUAAUCCUGCCCGAUGACACUUUUCACAUACCUAGCAGAGACUUCUAUGUGUUUGGACAUGGAGGAAUGAUGUUCUGGUUUUGUAGCAGCAUCGUUUUUACAAUGAUAUACGUAUUAAUACUUAUUUUACCUUAUACAAGAUUACGCGAGCGUCUCGCUUUACCCAGUCGCAAAAGUUUUUAUGUGUACGCCGGUCUCCUUGCAACGUUGGAUUUGGUGCAAUCGAUAGGAGCUGGCUUACUCAAUUAUACGCAAAAUCCUGCGGGAUUAUGUGUCGUCGACUUGACUGCCGCUAUGUACUUGACAUUUUUCACGCCAUUGGUCUACCACACUUUCCUUUCAGAAUUCUUUGGGGUGUCACAACCAUCAAUAAUGUUCUCCUACAAAGCACAAGUGGACGACGCAAUGGAGGAGGACACAGUGUCAUUACCACAUCAACAGAGCUUUAGUUCUCUGAAAACGGACAGCGAUUACAUAUAUCAGGUCCAUAGUCCGAUUUUUCAUGCCCCGUUGUUCCACUCGCAACGUUUACAACAGCGACCCAUGGCACAAAGUCGUCGUCUCGUUGGCAGCUCGUCACACGCGACUCUCCUCUAUCACGACUACACAGCUCAACGUAGAUUGCUUAAUACACGCUCGGGUUCAAAUUUCGGACGCACCAGUGCACCAGAUUUAAGAUUUAGGCGGGAGGAGAUGAGCGAAGACGAGCCGACGACGAGCGCGUAUAAAGUAUUUUCGUCCAAUGAAGUUGAGAAUAGCUUGCACAGGAUACUUGAGAACAAAUUGAGCCACAAGACUGACGUGAAGAUGCUGCCAACAACGAAUCGGGAAUCGUCUUCGUCCUCCGACUCUUGGAGCGAAGCUUUGUGAAAAACUUUAUAGAAGGCUGAUUAUGUUUUAUAUCUAGGAUUAAUUAUUACUGACAGUUGUACCGCGUGCCUGUGAUACGAUGAUUCGACACUGAAGCAUAAUAAUUUUCUCUUGCCCUUUUUAUAGUGAGAUAAAUGAAAGUUUUUUUGUUUUUUUGUCCGUUUUCGUUCUUCUUAUAAGACUUGUGUGUAUAUAUAUAUAUAUAUAGAUCGAUUUUUGCUCGAUUAAACGUGUGCUUCUGUUUUCAAUGUUCGUUGUUGGUCGUUAUUUAUUUAUAUCGCGAGGCUUGUUGGUGUACUUCAUGGAUACUGUCGUUAUAGUGAAUUAUUAAUUCGAUUCUACAUUAAUAUUGGUGCUAUCGUUUUUUAUGAAUUUUAGAGAAUUGAAAACUAUUUUAUCUUUCUAUGAAUGGAAAUAUUCCAAAUAAUCACGAUAAUUACAGCUAGAAAAGUUUCCCUCGAAUACCUUUUUGGCAUUUAUUGAACAGUUGUGAAUUCCGCGAAAUAUAUAUAUUUUUCGAUAAAGAUAUCAAAGCAGGAAUAUUAUCAAGUAGAAACCUUACUUAUAAAUUCAUUCCUGAAACUUGUUUUCACGCACUGAAAAGUAUCAUUAUCUGAACGAGUGACGCACAUCAACAAACUGCCUCAACCACCACCGUUCUCUCUCUCUCUCUCUCUCUCUCUCUCUCUCUCUCUCUCUCUCUCUCUCUCUCUCUCUCUCUCUCCCUCAUUCACUUCCACCAAGUAGAAAACAAAACUCUAGCCGAUCAUAUAUUUAUUUUUAUUCCACCCACCUGACCGCACUACAGUAACUCGAUACAUUAUUUUCUUUAUUU